UUUUAGUUGACAACAGCCAGUGUAAAGGGGCAGUGAGAACAACUUGCCGACACUAUACAGCAGUAAACUGUAUACGAGACAGCGGGAGGACGCACAGCAUGCACUCUGGAUGGUCCAUUUGUUUGUCCUACAGCCAAAUACACAGUAUAUGACUAAGAUUUCAAGGCAGAUGUGGAUUGAGUGAAACUUUGUCAUCCAUCCCCCGAUUCAUCGAUGUGUAUAAUUUUCUUCAAGUUUGACCCCCGGCCUGCAUCCAAAAAUGCCUACAGGCUAAUUUUGGCUGCAAACAGAGAUGAGAUCUACAACAGGCCGUCUAAAGUUGCAGACUUCUGGGGGACCAACAGUGAGAUCCUCAGUGGCCUUGACCUGGAAUAUGGAAAGGAGGGAGGAUCUUGGCUGGGGAUCAACAAGCGGGGCAAGCUGGCUGCCAUCACCAACUACAUGGAAGGUCGUCUCAACCCUGAUGCACACGGAAGAGGAUCUCUAGUGUCUAACUACCUUAUGGACAAGGAUCUAGACAGUUACUCUUACCUAAAGAAGGUGUCGACAGAAAGCCACCUGUACAAUGGCUUCAACCUCCUCACAGCAGAGUUCAAAGCCAAGCAAGACACUGUGUGUUACUAUGGAAACAGAGGCAGCCCUGAACCCAUCCAUCUAAAACCAGCAGGAAUCUAUGGCUUGAGUAAUUCACUGCUGGACACUCCGUGGAGGAAACUGCUGCAAGGCAAACGCCACUUCACCAGCGUUGUCAGCGACCAAUCUCUGUCCUGCAAAGGACUGGUGCAAGAGCUGCUCAACGUCCUCAAUAAUGAGGAACUGAACACACCUGAUCCACCUCAGGAGAGCCAGGGUAGUAGUUACAGCAAGCCCAUGAUCCAGGCUCUGUCAGCAGUGUGUGUUCGCACCCCUCAUUAUGGCACAAGGACCAAUACAAUUAUCCUGAUAGACGCAGAAGGUAAUGUGACCUUCACAGAACGCACCAUGCUCGAUUGUGACACAAGCAAAUGGAGCACCAGUUCUUUUCAGUUCCAGCUGGAGGUGUGAGACACGAUGGAGGAAACCCACUCUGUGCCUUUCA